AUGACCAGGUGGUUUACAUUUUCAGGCAAUGAACGAGAUAAAAGGGCACCACCUCAGAUUGAAGUGGCAUGUACCAUCUACACAUUGGCCAAAUCCUGCACAGAAAUGCUGAAGGACUGUGGACCACUCUGUGCUACAGUAGAGACAUCUUGUGCGAGGCUUUCUAAAAUGAGCAAAGUUGCUGCAAUAGCUUGUGAUGACAAGGACUCUAUGACCGAAUCCAUGGAAUUUUUCAAAGACUCUGAAGUCGCUAAAGCCAAUGGAAUUAAGGACACAGAGAAGUUCUGGGAGGAAGUGGAAAAGGAUCCUUUGAAAGUUGUCCAAGAGGUCGUGGCAAAGAUCAUAGCUAAUGGCGGUCUGCAGAUGAGUCCGGAUCAAUUUUUGGGAAGCUUCGAUACAGGAAUUGGUGGUGCAUCUACUAGCUUGACGAACAAUGCUCUUGGAAACGCGGUCAAUAAGGAGGCACUCGACACUGCUGGAAAGGUCAUUGAUGGUUCGUUGACAGGUGAAGAUUUGGUGGACAGUGGGAAAGCUAUUGGUGAAGGCAUUGGUCAGGGUGCUAAAGAUCUUGCCAAUGAUGCUAAAAACACAUUUGAUGAGCUGACUGAUGUCGACUUAAACAAUAUUGACGAUAAACUUGAAAAUGUGGGGAAUAAGGCACUAGAUACGGCUAAAGGUUUGGUGGAUGACGCCAAGAACGCUUUGAAUAGUUUUGGUGACUUAUUCAUCAAUUUAGGAACGAAUCUGCGACAAUCAUAUUUACUCUUGCCUCUUUGUAUUUUUAUAUGUGUUUAUUGUAUGAUAAAUUCUAAUAUAAUAUACAAAUGA